UAGUGAUGAAAAAAGAGAGAGAAAGAAGAGGGAAUUUCAAAGUAUAAGUUAUAGCUUAACUAGUACAAGAUCAGAGAAAUGGAGGGAGAGAGCGGUGCGUCAGGUAGUAGUGGCAGCAAACCGAGAGUGAGGCCCGACCCUUUCUUGGUGCUGUGUCGCUGCUUCAGUGUCAUCACUGCUUUCAUAGCUCUUUUCUGUAUCGUCGUCAACAUCCUCUCCGCCAUUGAAUCCUUCAAGGACGGAGCUGAUAUUUUCAAUGGUAUAUUUCGGUGUUAUGCUGUUCUCAUGGCUAUUCUUGUGAUUGUGGCCGAGACCGAGUUGGAAUUCAUUACUAAAUUCUGGAAGGUAUUCGACUACUGGGUUAGUAGGGGCAUGCUACAAAUCUUUGUUGCCGUCAUGACAAGAGCAUUUGCUAAUGAGGAGCUUAUUCUUCUUCAGACCAUAGCGAGCUAUAUGCUUCUUGCCUGUGGUGUGCUUUAUGUGAUUCUGGGAAUUCUAUGUAUUGGCUGCCUCAAACGUUAUCGCCAGAAGAAAGAAAUUUCAAGGGAUCAAGCAGUUAAGGAUCGUGAGGAAUUAGAGCGGCGAAAGGAAGAACUUGAAUACUCGCUUGUUGAGGACAGAACUUAACACAAGAACCCUAGGCAAGAAAACCUGCACAUGAACCUUUUCAAUCAAUUUAUUUCGUAUGUUCUUGUCCUGUCAUUGUUUGAUUCUCCUUGUAAGUUCAGAAUGACGUCGCAGAUAUAUAUGUUUCGUUAAUGCUGGAAACUCAUACAAAUAUAGUUCUUGAUGCAGCUCCUUCAGCUAUAUUCUAUUGA